AUUUUGGAAAGCGUCCAUAUCAUGGCAUUUCCCCCGCACGUCCUGGUAAACACCUCUGUUGUGAUCUUGUAGGUUAUGUAUUCCUGCCAAGAUUCUGUAUUCGCUAUCUCAGGAUAAAGAGAGAUAAGUUCAAAUGAGUAAUCCACUGAGAGGAGAAGUUAUUAGAUUGUACAAAAAUCUUCUGUAUCUUGGGCGGGAAUAUCCAAAAGGCACUACAUACUUCAGGGAGCGUCUGAAAGCAGCUUUCAUGAAGAACAAAGAUGUCACAGAUCCUGAGAAAAUCAAAAAGCUGGUUGACCGUGGAGAGUUUGUGAUCAAAGAACUCGAGGCGCUUUACUUCCUCAGGAAAUACAGAGCGAUGAAGAGGCGCUACUACGAACCAGAGCAUUAAUCGAUGUUUCUGCCAGACUGUAUAUGUGUCAAAAGGGAAAUCACUACUUUCUGCACGUUUUUGAAUGUCUGUGUUUGAUGUGUUGCACUACAACAGAUUUGGACAUGAACUUUUAUUUUUACUACUUCUAAGUCCUUGUUCGAUAUACAAUAGGCAGUUAUUUGUAAUGACAAUUACAUAUGUAUUUAUAUUUAAAUACAUUUCAGUUUUAUGAUGUUCUAAGCAGGUCUUUGUGUAGACAGCUCUACAUCACAGAAAGCAAAGUUGGUUUUUCCAAAGGAUUUCUCCAGCUCCUGCACCAGGUCAAAAUUUCCUGCGCUACUGGAAACCUUUUAGUGCAAAUAAAUGAAAAUGAUCAGAUAGAUGGGAGUAGUGUGAGUAUGUCUGUCCAUUUAUACAUAUGUAUUUAUAUAUAUGCAUUAAAGAAUAUGCUCACUUUUGC